AUGCCGCCGCCAAAGAAACACAGUGCUACCAGCGCUCCCACACCGAAGCCAGCAACACCACCCACAGCAAUCACGGUUGUGUCUGACACUUCACCAUCUACUAAGCAUGAACACGUUGGCAAGCACAUGGCCUACGAAUCACCGUUGAAGAAGCUAAAAAAAACCAUGAGCCAACACAAACGGCAGCUCUUCACGACCAUCGACGAGCUACGCGAGUUCAUCCAAAUCAAUGACACUUCUCUACCUGCGCACUGCGGAUUUGUCAGAAUCCAGGCGCGACUGUUGUGGUUCGAACCCCAAACAGUGGCUGGCACACGCGUAUUGAGACUUUACUUGGGUGAGCAGCAAGAUCCAGAGCCCUUUGAGCAACAACGACAAGAGUAUCAGAAAGCGCAGCGAGAAGACGAAUUUGAAACGAACCAAUUUCUCAUAACGCUGUCCCUCUAUGAGAUCGCCCCCGAUCACCCUGCUUUGCCUUCGCCAGGAUCGGUCAUCGCGUUCAAUCCGACCAAACUUAAGCUUUACCGAAACUGCUGCCAGCGUGCAGCACUGUAUGACGACGAAGUGGUGGACGAUGUCGAGAGUUUACGCAAGAAGUGCAAGCUGGAAGAGGGAGAGAAGGCCAACGAGGGCACAGCUGAUAGCGAUAGCUCUAGCGACUCGAGUGAUAGUUACGAAGAGGCUCCAAACACUAUCUCGCUCAGUCUCUCAUCUUCAGAGGACGAAAGUGACGAUGACAGCGACUAA